AUGGGGAAGUUUUCUGGUAAGAAGUGUCGUUUACUGUCCAUGUUAUGGCUGACGGGGACAUUUUUCUUUGUGGAGCUGAUAGUCGGUUAUGUUACAAAUUCUAUGGCAUUGGUUGCUGAUUCCUUCCACAUGUUGAGUGAUGUCGCCGCACUUGUUAUUGCAUUUUUAUCUGUCAAGAUGUCACCAAAGAAAUGGUCGAAGAAUACUUUUGGCUGGGCUCGUGCGGAAGUUCUAGGUGCUCUUGUGAAUGCUGUGUUCCUGGUAGCUCUGUGCUUCAGCAUCACAGUGGAGGCUGUGCAGAGAUUCAUCCGAGCUGAGAUGAUACAUAACGCGCAACUACUGGUAGCUGUCGGCACUUUAGGACUCGUACUCAAUAUCAUUGGACUGUUUCUGUUCCACGAGCAUGGUAGUAGCCAUGGUCAUAGCCACGGAGUUGUCCCACCCCCAUCCAACGUCCGCCACUUAUCGGAGCUGGUGAACAGUAACGCGGAUAUGGCACUGGGCCAUGCUACCACCGAUACUGAGGAGACAGACGAAAUGGUACCACCGAAAGUGGUCAAGAUACCAAAUGAACAAACGCCCAAGACACACUCAGACCCUGGCAAUCUGAACAUGAAGGGGGUCUUCCUGCACGUGCUGUCUGAUGCAUUGGGUUCUCUAAUAGUGGUAAGCUCAGCGCUCGUGGUGUGGCUGACUGAAUGGCGGUACAAGUACUACAUCGACCCAGCACUCAGUAUAGUGCUAGUAAUCUUGAUACUGGCGUCAGUGUGGCCGCUGUUGAGGGAAUCAGCUCUGAUACUGCUGCAGACAGUACCAACACAUAUACAGGUGGAUGCAAUCCAAAGACGUCUUUUGGAGAAGGUGGACGGUGUAUUGGCGGUGCACGAGUUCCACGUGUGGCAGUUAGCUGGAGAUAGAAUUAUAGCAAGCGCUCACAUCCGGUGUAGGAAUCUGUCGGAGUACAUGAAGAUAGCUGAGAAAGUAAAGGAGUUUUUCCACAACGAGGGCAUACAUUCUACUACUAUACAGCCAGAGUUUGUGGAACUGCCGUUGGAUGGAAACGAGAUCACUAGCGGUGCUUCAGCGGAGGCUCCGUGUGCUUUACAUUGUCCCCCCAACGACCUCUGUCACAACGCCACGUGCUGUGGACCACAUCAGGAGAAACAGAGCACCCCCUAUUUAUGUCGUCAAAGAAACAUGGGGUCGCGAGCAGAGCCUUUGAACUCUGACCUCGAUAGCUCCGGAAAUCCCACCGCUAGGAAUCUUGACGCUUUGGAAUGCGGGGUGACUGGUGAAUUACUAUCGAUAUUUGAGGACGUGAUAUUUGACGAUCAUAUAUGA